AUGCUGAUCUUGCGAAGAAUUCAUCCUUCGCAAAUACCGCUCGUUUUCCUUCGUCGGCUUUCCAGCAAGCCAGACAGGUUUUCUUCAGAUGGACAACAGGCAGACCGAAUAAAUAAACAAACAGCCAAUCUGAUCAACGACAUAGAAUUCAAAAGCCCCGAAAACAACGGGUCUGCCCUCAAAGAUUACAUCAAUGCUGUCAUUGGAAGCGAGAACUUCAAAGAGCUCAAGGCUGAGUUUGCGCGUUUCCACUCCGAGCGAGCCAAAUUAGCAAAAGAGUACCACAGCUCCUUCAGCGACAAGCUCGACCGAACGGCCGCAGAGCUAAGAAAGAGUGCAACUAUAGCCUCCAAACUCAUGAACGAUUUGACGGGAUACACGAAGAUCAACAACUUGAAAGAGAAGAUAGUGGAGAACGAACAGAAGAUGAGAGACUUAAGAGCCUUGAUCACUGAAAGCAAGCAGGACUACGCACGUGCUCUGGAAGAGCAGACAUCAGCACAGAAACACAUCAACGAGCUUCUUGAGCGGAAACACAGCUGGAAUUCCCAAGAUCUCGAGAAAUUCACAAACCUGUACAGAAACGGCCAUGGGUUGGAGCGCCGCGUGCAGGCAAACUCCAACAAAGUGGCAGAAUUAGAGGCCAAGGAGAACGAUCUGCACAAUGAAUUGAUUCAGAGCAUUAUGGAGAGAUAUCACGAAGAGCAGGUGUGGUCCGACAAGAUCCGACAGUUUUCCACGUGGGGAACAAUUUUCAUCGUGUGUGUCAACUUGUUGCUGAUGCUUCUGGUGCAGCUGUUAUUCGAGCCUUGGAAAAGAUAUCGACUGUUAAGUUCUUUUGAAUCGAAAGUCAAAGAGCUCUUUGAGACUCAGGGGCAGGAGAAUUGGGAUAAACUGAAAUCUGGGUUGCUUAACAUUGAGCACAGACUCGACAAGUUUGAGCAUGUUGAGGGUAUACUGCCUGCCGAUCUAUCUUGGAGUAGCAUAAAACAGUGGGCCUCCAAGCUGAGACGUAUAUUUUUCAGCGACAAGUUCUACAAGCUGGACGUGUCUUCGGCAGAAUUCUCCGCAUUCUGCGGCACAAUUAGCUCUAUGUUCCUCAUCCUAGGCAUACUUCUAUCUAGACUUCUCCUAUAG